UCAAUUCUCAUUCUCUCGCGUAAUCUCUUCCUAUAGGUAAAGAUGUCUGCUUUUGAUAACGUAGUUGUUGUUGGGAAGCUGAAGCUGAAAGGAAAACCCUUGGCCGUGAAAGGAGGUGGGGUUUCAAAGAAAAAUAAGAAGAAACGCAGCAAUUAUUAUCACCAAUUGUCUCAAGCCUCGCAAGGUGGAGAAGCAGUGAUGAUGGAUGAUACUGAGAAUGACGGUGGCAGAGGACAGGCUGGGGCUUAUGAUGAUCAUCUGACACCCGCGGAGAGGCGGUACCUCCAACAGACAGAGAGGAUUCAACUGCAAAAGCUUGCCAAGAUGGCCAAAAAAUCACAUCGCGAUCGGGUUCAGGAAUUUAAUCACUGUCUGGCAAAUCUUAGUGAGCAUUAUGACAUUCCCAAAGUAGGCCCGGCUAACAACAUCCCCUUUCUUCUUUUUUGUCAAUUUGAAAUUUUGGAAUUGCAUUUUGAUUGUUUGGACCUCAAGAAACCUUUUUGUGUUACUACAUUUUUUUUAGAGAAGAUUGUCUACUUUUCCUUUGUCUGCUGCAACACCUCUCACUUGUUUUGGAUCAAGCAAAUUUUCAUGUUUUAGUGUGUUCGUGAUCAUGUUGAUUGUAUCUUUCGAAAUCUAAGGCCCAACUUUCCGUUGA